AUGGCCGCGAAGUCGGAUGGAGCGGCGGCCGCGGCCGGCCGGGCGGAGGGGGCGGCCGGAGGAGCCCGGGGCAGCACCGGCGGGCGCGAGGAGGCUGCGGCGGCGGUCGGAGGCUCCGGGGUGACCGGGACCGCAGGCCCGGGGCCGCGCUACGAGCUACGGGACUGCUGCUGGGUGCUGUGCGCGCUGCUCGUGUUCUUCUCCGACGGCGCCACGGACCUGUGGCUGGCGGCCUCCUACUACCUGCAGGGUCAGCACACCUACUUCGGCCUCACGUUGCUAUUCGUGCUGCUACCCUCGCUAGUCGUGCAGCUGCUAAGCUUCCGCUGGUUUGUCUACGACUACACAGAGCCCGCCGGGGCCCCGGGACCCGCCGUCAGCACCAAGGACAGCGGCGCCGGAGGGGUCGCCAUCAGCACCAAGGACAGUACCACCGCCUUCCGGACCAAAGAAGGCAGCGCCGAGCUGGGCCCCCGGCCCGCGCCCUCCUCAGCCAGCGCCUACCGCCGCCGCUGCUGCCGCCUCUGCGUCUGGCUGCUGCAGACCCUCAUCCACCUUCUGCAGCUCGGCCAGGUCUGGAGGUACCUGCGCGCCUUGUACCUGGGGCUGCAGAGCCGCUGGCGUGGGGAGCGUCUGCGGCGCCACUUCUACUGGCGGAUGCUGUUCGAGAGCGCCGACGUGAGCAUGCUGCGCCUGCUGGAGACCUUCCUGCGCAGCGCGCCGCAGCUGGUGCUGCAGCUCAGCCUCCUGGUGCACCGAGGCCGCGAACCCGACCUGCUGCCGGCCCUCUCCACCUCCGCCUCACUCCUGUCCCUGGCCUGGACGCUGGCCUCCUACCAGAAGGUGCUACGGGACUCGCGGGAUGACAAGCGGCCCCUGUCCUACAAGGGCGCUGUGGCCCAAGUGCUGUGGCACCUGUUCACCAUCGCCGCCCGCAGCCUGGCCUUUGCGCUCUUCGCCAGCGUCUACAAGCUCUACUUCGGCAUCUUCAUCGUGGCUCACUGGUGCGUCAUGACCUUCUGGGUCAUCCAGGGUGAGACGGACUUCUGCAUGUCCAAGUGGGAAGAGAUCAUCUACAACAUGGUGGUGGGCAUCAUCUACAUCUUCUGCUGGUUCAACGUCAAGGAGGGCCGCAGCCGCCGCCGCAUGACCCUCUACUACUGCAUCGUCCUGGUGGAGAACGCCGCGCUCACGGGCUUCUGGUACUCCAGCCGCAACUUCUCCACCGACUUCGGCUCGCUCAUCCUGGUCUGCGUGGUGGCCUCCAGUUUCGCACUGGGCAUAUUCUUCAUGUGUGUCUACUACUGCCUCCUGCACCCCAACGGGCCCAUGCUGGGUCCCCAGGCGCCUGGCUGCAUCUGCCCUGAGGCUCCAGAGCCCUGUGGCCCACCAUUUGAGCCUGUCACAAGUCCCCCGAGGUCCCUGCCGAGGACUACAGGCGCUGAGCGGGAUGGGGCCUCUGUGGGGGCUGAGCGUGCAGGGACCCCCACACCACCUGUCUUCCAGGUGCGGCCAGGCUUGCCUCCCACACCAGUGGCCCGCACCCUGCGGACAGAAGGGCCUGUCAUUCGAAUUGACCUGCCUCGUAAGAAGUACCCUGCGUGGGAUGCUCAUUUUAUUGACCGGCGUCUUCGGAAGACCAUUCUGGCGCUGGAGUAUUCCUCACCCACUACACCCCGGUUGCAGUACCGGAGCGUGGGGACCUCCCAAGAGCUGCUGGAGUAUGAGACCACAGUGUAGGCCACAGUCGCCCCCUCAAAAGGGACUGGCUUGGCUGAUCCCACAUCAACCAGUGUUGAGCCCAGAAUUUCAGGGCCACCAGGCUAAGGGAAAUGGAUCUGUUGGUCCAAGGGUAGAGUGGCCCCAACAUUGGGUUGUUUCUGGGGAGGCAGCCUUGUGGAGGCCCCAGCCCUAGGCCCUGUUGGCAACCCUGUGGCCCAUUUCCUAAACUCCCCUGAACCAGGGCCCAGGGAAUCAACUGGUGCUAUGCUCCUCGUGAGCUGCCCCACCUUCAUGGAGGCCUCUCCCUACCAUGUCUGGUGCCGGGAAGCCCCACACCCUCACCCUUACCUGGCAUAGCCCACACGGCAUCCCUGGUGGACUUGCCAGAGAAAGGGCAUUGUCAGGGCUCAUGACGUAGGCUCUGUGCUCCUCAGGCGGUAUGGGGUGGUGCUCCUGUGGUGGGAGGAGACCUCUGAGAAGGAUGGAGAAGGUUGUGGACAAUGUGGAGUGAGGUUGCAGACUCUGGUGGACAAGGUUGGUACAGUUCCUGUGGGGUACAAGGUCUGGAGCUGGACAAGAGGGGAA